CCAUUUUGCUCAUCGCCUCCACCUCCGCCAUUGUCCCCCCUCCCCCCCUUCCUUUUCCCUUCCUUCGCCAGCACCUACCCACCUUUUAUUCCUCAUUGCUUCACGAUGGAGUUCCCGUCGGUGGGUGCGAAUUGUGCCUUUGUAUCCUGUCAAUCGCACUCGUUCCUUCCGUUCGAAUGUUCUUUCUGCGGGAGCACCUUCUGUGGGACCCAUCGGCUCCCACAGGACCAUGAUUGUACGAACUGGUCGAUGAACUCGUACGCGAACUCGGUUGAAGUCUGUGAGGUCUGCCAGAAGAUGGUGCUUGUGCCUAAGCUGCAGGAUCCUAAAACUAUUUUGACCGAACAUCAAAGUUCCGGCUGCACGACCCACCUGCUUCCACCCGUCCACUCGAUCGCGGUCCUGUGUGGACUCGCACCGCGAUGCAAGCGGCGGGACCGUGUCGUCCAGACGUGUCCUGAUUGCGGCGUUACUUUUUGUUUAGCACACCGACAUGCUGUUGACCAUGCGUGUUCGAAAAUCGGAGACCGCAAACGGCAGGCGGAGGCGGAGAUGCAGCGGAAGAAAGAUCUCGGGGCGGAGAUCAAGGAGAAGUUUGGGAUUGUACCGGGCGAUGGGAAGGCCAAAGCGAGGAAGGAAGGUGGGGAGGGCCAAAAUGAGGAGGAGAAGAAGAGGGAGAGAGCCGAGAAGGCCAAGGCGGCGAUUGCGGAGGCGAAAGCAAAGGUUGCGGCAAGGAAUAAUGCAGCUGGCACAGGGGUAGCAGCAGAAGCAGGCGGGCCGACAUCAACGACGAAGACGAUGGCAUCGACACCACCGAAGGUCAAGAAGGCGUCAAGGGUGGUCUCGGUGAUGAAGCUAAAGAAGAUUGCGCAGGGCGAAGACAAGGUCCCGCUUAGCUCGAGAAUCUAUGUAUCAAUACGAUCGCCCACGUUUCCGCAUCUGGAUGACAAGGCUGUUUAUAUCGACAAGACAUGGACUGUUGGACGAUCUCUGGAUAAGAUUUUGGAGUGGCUGAAGAUUGUUGUACCCAAGAAUGAGCCCUUUGACGCGCAAAAGCGGUUCAGCAUAUUCCAUGCGAAGGAUAUAGGGGAUAUACCGGUGGUGCUCAAUAUGCAGGACCGCCUACAACAGAUGGCGCAGGUCGAAAGCGGCGACAUCUUUUACUUGGCUCCUGCAGAUUGCACUUGGCCAAGCACAUAAUAAAGCCCGCAUCGUCAAAAAACACUGCCAAGUUCAGUCGAGCAA